CCGCCGGACGGAGACACUGGCGCGGGGGGUAGCUCGGGUCUGAGCUCGGGCACCGCGCAGCUCUCCCCGAUGGCCCACUGUGUGACCUCGGUACAGCUGUCCAUCUCCUGUGACCAUCUCAUCGAUAAAGACGUUGGCUCGAAGUCCGACCCACUCUGUGUCCUGCUACAGGAUGUGGGUGGGGGCAACUGGGCUGAGCUCUGUCGGACAGAGCGUGUCCAGAACUGUUCCAGCCCUGAGUUUUCUAGACCACUGCCAAUCGACUAUCACUUUGAAACAGUCCAGAAGUUGCGUUUUGGUGUCUAUGACAUUGACAACAAGACUCCUGAGCUGGGAGAUGAUGACUUCUUAGGGGGAGCCGAGUGCACCCUAGGACAGAUUGUAUCCAGCCAGACGGUGACCCUACCCCUAAUGUUGAAGCCUGGGAAGCCUGCUGGGCAAGGAACCAUCACGAUCUCAGCCCAGGAGGUGAAGGACACUCGAGUGGUGACUAUGGAAGUGGAGGCCAGGAACCUGGACAAGAAGGACCUUCUGGGCAAAUCUGAUCCAUUCCUAGAGUUUUAUCGACAGAGUGAUGGAAAGUGGCAUCUGGUCUACAGAUCUGAGGUGAUUAAGAACAAUCUGAACCCUACAUGGAGCUUCAGUGUUCCUUUGCAGCGUUUCUGUGAGGGAGACCCCAGCCUGCCUAUCCAGGUGCGCUGCUCAGACUAUGACAGUGAUGGCUCUCAUGACCUCAUUGGCUCCUUCCAGACCAAUUUGACACAGCUGCAGGGUUCCCCAGUGGAAUUUGACUGUAUUCAUCCCGAGAAGAAGCAGAAAAAGAAGAGUUAUAAGAAUUCUGGGACCAUCUGGGUUAAGGUCUGUCAGAUUGAGGCAGAGUUCUCUUUCUUGGAUUAUGUGAUGGGUGGCUGCCAGAUCAAUUUCACAGUGGGUAUGGACUUCACAGGAUCCAAUGGGGACCCUUCCUCUCCAGAUUCCCUGCACUACCUGAGCCCCUCUGGUGUCAAUGAGUACCUGACAGCUCUGUGGAGUGUGGGCUGUGUGGUACAGGAUUAUGACACGGACAAACUGUUCCCGGCUUUUGGAUUUGGGGCUCAAGUGCCCCCUGAUUGGCAGGUCUCUCAUGGAUUUGCCUUGAACUUCAAUUCCAAUAACCCUUACUGCUCAGGCAUCCAGGGUAUUGUAGAUGCCUAUCGCCAGGCCCUGCCCCAGGUCCGACUCUAUGGCCCCACCAAUUUCGCUCCCAUCAUCAACCAUGUAGCCCAGUUUGCCACCCAGGCUGCACAGCAAGGAACUGCCGCGCAAUACUUUGUGCUACUCCUGCUGACGGAUGGGGCUGUAUCAGACGUUGAGGCUACGAAGGAGGCUGUGGUCCGGGCCUCACACCUGCCUGUGUCCAUCAUCAUCGUGGGUGUUGGGGGUGCUGACUUCACAGCCAUGAAGGAGCUAGAUGGGGAUGGGGGUCCUUUGCGUGGCCGCAGUGGAGAGGCUGUUGCCCGAGACAUUGUCCAAUUUGUGCCUUUCCGCCAAUUUCAGAAUGCCCCUCGAGAGGCACUGGCCCAAGCAGUCCUUGCAGAGGUGCCCCAGCAGCUUGUAUCUUAUUUUAAGGCGCGGGGCUUGGCUCCCCACAAGGCCCCAGUGCUGCCUGCCAAGGACCCAGCACCACCCCCCAACAACUAAUGGACCACGGCACCAGCUGUCUUUCUGCACAUGACUAGUUUCUGUGCCUCUUGCUUCUCCCAUCAGUGGGAGGAGGAACAGAGCACCUGUCUCAGGUGUGGACAUUUGUGCUUGCUGCUUUGGAUUAUAUGUAUGCCAUAGGCCAGGACACUCUCAAGCCAACCUGGCCCCACUAUAUUUUGUAUCUUUUUAUAUUUGUAUACAUUAUGCUGCUUCUGCAUUCCUCUCUUCAUGUACACAUACCCCUGUGCUUAAUAAAGAUCAAUCAAAACUGAA